UGAGGAUGUCAAUAAAUCAUUAGUUAAAGAUCAACUAAAUGAAGAUAUAAAUGAACUUCAGAUAGAAUCCUUAAGCGAUCUUAAGAAUGACAUAAAAAGAUUAAGUCUUUCGAUAGAACACUUUCAUGAUUUCACAAUUAAGGAUAAACAAAAAAAAAUCUUAGUUAAAUCAUUUAAUUGCUAUUUGGAGAAAGAAAUAGAUCCACUAUGUAAUAAUAACCUGGAGAUAAAUAAUUUACAACGAAAAAAUUUAGCAAAUCUAUUCAAUCAUCUUCAUCAUUUUAAUUAUAACGCUCAUUUAAAAGAAAUUAAAAUGCAAGCAGUCAACCUUGGAUUAUUCUAUAUCAAUCAAAGGAAUAUAAUUGGCAAUAAAACCUUUAGAAAAGUUAUUAAGAAGAAGGAGAAUUGGCUUGAAGAAAACAAACAUUGGAUAAAAAAUUUUGUAUUUUUUAUAAAAGAAACAUUGAUGAACAAAUGUUAA